AUGAGCAACACGCUGUCAGAUGCGGAUCAAAAGGAGCUGAGCGCCUUCCUUGACACUGAGCAGUCAAAGGCUCGUAUGCAAACAACUGUGCACGCAUUCACGGAGCGCUGCUGGGACCAGUGCAUGACUGGCUCGAUUGGUGCGCGUUUCGGACGUGGCGAAGAGGCUUGUUUGAGCAACUGUGUGGAGCGGUUCCUUGAUACCUCCCUGUUUAUUGUGUGUGGUGUGAUCUAA